AUGUACAAGGUUGUGUUGAUCACUUCCAUUGUGGUGAUUGUAGCCGGUAUGCUUCUGACCGCUUUCAGUGUGUUCAGUCCAAUGUGGCAGAUAGUCGAUCGGCCAAAACUGGCCGAAAUCCAUCAUCAUGGUUUAUGGUGGGACUGUGUGCUCUCAGAUGGCACGCUAAUCCCAUUACCGUACACUAGCUCGCAACAAAAAGGCGAACAGUGCCUAAGCAAAUUCGACCCGAUGGUGCAAUCUCAUCUUCGGAAUAUUUUGGAGACUCAUGACGACUCGUCCAAGGAAAUGCUUUUGCACCGAUUUCUCCGUGAGUUUUAG